AUGAGCCAGAUUAAUACCCCAAAACCCCGUCGCCCUCGUUCUACCACUCAGGAUGUCCCCACGCGAUAUCUUUCGUACCAUCCUCUGCGCGCUUUGGCCUCUACAUUGCCGUCAGACCCUCCAGCUAAUGUGGACCUCGUGCAAGCCAUCGAGGACCAGUUUUACGCUCUACGACUCGAUGCCUUGAAGGUGGAUUCUAGCCAUUCCAGGUCCACUUCGACUCGCACACCUGCACACUAUGAUAUGCACCUCGACCCCGAUCUUAUUCUCAAGAAAAUUGUCAUCGUCGACGAUAUGUCCAAAAGACUUGCGUCUGUUUGCGAUGACAAACGAGUAGCCUCGAGGUUAAACAACAUGCUGGACGGGCAAGCCCUCCAGAGCAGCUCUGAAGCGGAAAUGAAGGGCCUUCUCGCAGAAACACGUAUCCGUACUGGCAGCGUCUGUGCUUCCAUUGCAUCCGCUGUCCUCUUCGGAGCGGAGGACUGGUCAACGGAUGUCCUCAAGUGGAUAACGGCAACUGAAGCAACACGGGCAGUAGCAGAUGGCUUUCUUGUGGUCGACCCAGCAGAGCACGUAUUGAAACGCCUCCCUGAGGGAUGCAAUGAGAAUAUUCGUGCCAUUCUGGACCAUCACCUGAAACGGAUCAUCGUUUGGGAAUUCAAAAGUCUGAUUGCUGCCCCAAGAGAUCUCAUGGAGGGCUUUGCUGACGAACUUGGAGGUGACUUUCCCUGGAUCCCCUGUGGGGCUGCCUUCCCAGUAAUUCAGAACAGUGGCCCGAAGAUAGUCUCUCACACUUGCAGCCCAAGCGAAUCAGUGGUUAGAAACUCGCACCUUACCAGCAUGGGUCACCUCACUGUGACUGGUCGGAAAACGGGACCCGAUUCUGGGGUUCUUGCUUCUCAGUUCUGGGCACCUUCCGACAGGCAAGCAGGCCCUCGCGAUGGACAGGGGGGACCGAAACGAAAGCAUCAUGGCACGAAGGAUCCGCCACCUCCCCAAUCGAAUGAUGUCCCAGUGUCUGAAAAGACAGAGUUAUUCAAGUCUCGCCCUGACACGUUUUGGACAACUGCAAAUCUGAAACGAGUCUAUAUCAUUCAACAGAGUUGGGCUGAGGCCGUCCUCAACGAUGCCACUUUUCUUGUCAUCCAAGCAGGCAACUAUGAACUUAUUGGAAUACGCAAUCGAGAGACGCAAACCCUGUACCUCUCCUCCCUCAUACAUGUGUCUGGGAGCACGUCCCCCCAGUACAACAAAAUACAACUGGGGUUAUAUCUUACGUCCUAUUGUGACGUUGUAGCUCGGGUCGAACUCCUUGAUCACCUUUACAUGAUGGACGAGAAGGCAUUGGCAGCCCGGCUUCCGUUGUACAGCAAGAACUACGAUCUGGAUGGACUGAAGUCUAAAUAUCCUGGCCAACCGCAAGGUCGGCAAAGAUUAACAGUGCACGAGAAGAACGCGCAAACAAAGGAACAAACUCGUGUCGAGAAGAUUCUCUUUAAUUGCUUAUCGCAUGGAACAAAUAUUCCGACAACCCUUCGGCAGCCUCUGGUGGCCAGAGAAGUCCCAAACGCUUACCUAGUGCGAAUGAAGUCGAAAAAGGCGGCCGAAGAUGUUCCUCCCGGACGUUCCCUUACCUUACACUUAGGUUCAGAGCUGAAGUCCGAUGAGACUGUGACCCUUCGACCCACAGGAGCGGAGCUGGUUUUCUCUGGGAGGGUUUGGCGUGCUCGGCUUCAGGUUGAGGGCAACAGUCCCGUCACGAAGACGUUGUUUGCAGACACCGUCAUCAAAUUUGCCAGGAACUCUCAAGAGCGAGCUUCUCUUUUGGAAGAGUAUCGAGAGUAUCAGCAACUGGCGAAGGACGUUGUUCCGAACAUUGCUGAUGUAUACGGCAUUUUCAAGGUCGAAUGCCCUGCAGGCCUCGAAUUCACCGCUCUUCUGAUGAGCCAUUCUGGUACGACACUUACCGAGAACAACAAGAAAGUUUAUCACAAGGAUUCUCACUAUGGGACUUUGUAUAGGUGGGCAAUCGUCGCUUCGUUGAUCUCAUACCACCUGACCCAAUUUUAA